UCCCUUGGUCUGGAAUAUAAAUUUUCGCGGACCCAGAUUACAGCGUUAAACAGUAAAAAAAAGCGCAAGGUGAAGUUAAAACAUCAUGUCAGAGCACUCUACUGUCAUUUGUAAUGUGGCUAAUGAUGAUUGUGAGAAAGUAAUUGACUUAGAAAGUCAUAAUGCCUAUAUUAAUAAAAGUAACCUAACGGAUGUAGCAAACCAAAUUUCUAUUGGUGUUGAUAACUUUGCUAACGAUAAUACUGAAAACUAUUCCAGAAGUAAUAGCGACAAGUACAUUAUCAAAUCUGACUAUGGGCCCCUUAACAGUGAUUGUGACGAGCUUUCAAAUGAUAAAGAUAAUUUCAGAAAUGUUAUAAUCAACUCUGUUAAUUCUAAUAUAGAGGAUUCAGUACUUGAUUGUAAUUUAAAUAAGCAUCAUAAUAAUGAGCAUUUUUCAAAUGAUUUUACAGAUGAAGCAAGAAAUAAAGAUGAAAUAAAAGAAAAUGAACAAAAAAUCUCCAAAGAAUUUACGCAUGUAGAAAUAUUGUCAGAAAAAAAUAAUUCAAAAAAUGAAAAAAAAAACUUUUCACAUAAAGCAAUUAAUAAGCUUGAGCAUUUAUUAUUAAAUAAUUUUCUUCCGAUAUCUUUUAUAGCUGCACUUUUAAUUGGUAUAUUUUUACCACAAGUAGGAAAUACAUUAAACCAUAAAUCAACUACCUAUAUUUGUCUUGUUUUUAUAUUUUUAUACAGUGGUUUAUACUUGCCAUCAUCUGCAAUUAAAGAUUCUAUUAAAGCAUAUAAAGCUGCUGCUUGGGGAUUCAUAAGCAUUCUCUUCUUUUCUUGUAUUAUUGGUUCUCAACUUACUAUGCUAAUUCCGUUUCAUAAAAUAAGCAGCUCUUUAGGAACUCAAUCGUUUAAAACUGGAUUAGUGGUUUAUUUUUGUUCACCAUGUACAGUUUCAAGCGGAGUUUUAAUGAUUACUCAGCUUAAAGGAAACUAUGCUCUUGCUGUGUUAUUGACAGUUGCAACUAAUGUUGUUGGUAUUUUUACUUCUCCUUUAUUAUUGAAAUGGAUGCUGAAAACAGAAGGAAACUUUAACUUUGAUGUCAUAUCUUUGCUAACCAAUCUACUGCUUAGUUUGCUUCUACCUUUAGUGAUUGGUAAGCUUUUGCGGUUUGUUAAAGUUAUUAAAGAAUUCAGCUCUAUUCCUAAACUUAAAUUAUGUUUUAUGUUGCUUAAUAUUAUUGCACUGGCCCUGAUUGUCACAAUACAAGUGUCUCAAACAAGUCAAAAUGGUGGACUCAAAAGGCUAACAGUUUUAAGCACAGUAAUUAUAAUUGCAUGGAGUUUAACUGUGCACAUUGUUUUCUUGUUAAUAAAUGCUACAGCAUCAUGGUUGUUACGACUAGAGAUAAAGCAAACAAAGUGCAUAGUAGUUCUCUCAAGUCAAAAAACAGCAAGUAUUGCAAUAGGUGUUCUUACUUUCUUUCCAAAAUCUAUGGGUGAUCGAGGCUUGAUGGCUAUUUCCAUUAUCAUCGCUCAUAUAUCUAUGCUUUUGUUUGAUUCAUUGCUUGUUCCCUUAUGGAUUUAUACAGAGAAAAGAAUGGAGAGGAAAAAAAAAAAGAAUUCUGCAGUUACUUUUUCUAAUCCAGAAAAUGAUACAAAAUUUUAAA